CCGUAGUAGUAUGGGCUCCGUUCAUUCGUAAAACGCUCACCGCCUCUCUCUCUCUCUCUCUCUCUCUCUGAGAUUUCAUUACUUCAUACAGUUCAUGAAUCAUGAUAGCUGAAAUCGGCAACUGGACAGAACUAAGCGAGAGGGGCCAGAGAGACAAGAGAGGGGAAUGUGAUAUACCCAGAAGUACAGAACACUCAAGGAUGAGCUACCUGCAAGCAAAUAAGGAGUUAGGGAAUAAGUCAGCACAGGAGGAGGACCAGGAAAAAGAGGUAGACACUGAAUUGGAAGAUGAUCCAGGAGAGGAGUUGGAGGAGGAUCCUGAUGAAGAAGUAGAUGUUGAAGAGGAAGAUGAUCCUGAAGAAGAAAUAGUUGAUGAAGAGGAAGAUGAUCCUGAAGAAGAAGUAGAUGAUGAAGAGGAAGAUGAUCCUGAGGAAGAAGUAGAUGAUGAAGAGGAAGAGAUUUCUGAAGCCUUUUACAGCAAAAAUGUCAAGAAUGAGUUGGUAGAGAAAAGUGGUGGCCUUCCUGAUGGGGAUGAGCCUUUCAAGGAAUUAACCAAGGAACCAAAAUUACAGUCGCCUUUAAGCUGCGAUGUAGAAGAUAAGUCAGCUCCUGCCCAGUGUAGUACAUUACAAAAGAAUGGCAGGCAAGUUGAAGUCGAUCUAAAGGUAGAAUAUGAUUGUGGGUGCGCUGCAUCCAAUCAAGACAGCCAUGAGGGUAACUUCUUUAAGGCAAGCGAUGAUGGGUGUAGCUCUGGAAAACAGGAGUCAUCGGGAAGUUCGGGAAAGCGGAGGCGUACAAGAUGGGACGAAGGACCUGAGGGAAGCAAUGUCGGAGAAAAUGUUAUUGGCGAUAGGAGCAGCAAAAGAAGAAAAACUAGGUGGUCUAGCAUCAAUUCACAGAUAAAAUUGCUCGGUCCACUUCAACUCCCUGACUUCACCAAAGAGACCGUUCUAGUUUCCGAGUCUGAUACCGAAAUGCAAAAUUUGAGGGAAGAACUGGUAGACAUUGACUACAAGUUGCAAGAACCUGUAAUUCAUGAUGAAAGACCUAAGGAGGAAUGGUCUCCUUCUCCUGAGCCAGUUUAUAACAAUUUUGGCAUCAGAAUAAAUACGCGUGAAGAAAGGCUUCGCCAAAAACUCAUUGAGAGACGUCAGCAUCUAAUUUCAAGGCUGAUUAAGAAGCAACCAACUUUUAAGACUCCGAAAUACAAUAAGACCCCCAAGCUCUGCAAGAAACUCUAUGUACCAGUGAAGCAGUAUCCUGGCUACAAUUUUGCUGGCCUUAUAAUUGGCCCGCGUGGGAAUACCCAAAAGACGAUGGAAAAGGAGUCCGGGGCAAAGAUUUCAUUAAGGGGCUCAGGUUCCUUUUCACGAGGAAAGCAUGCUUCUGAGAAUGAUGAUUUGCAUGUCCUUAUAGAGGCAGAUAAUGAAGAUUCCUUAGAUGCAGCCUCUAAAAUGGUUUUGAAACUGCUGACUCCAAUGGAUGAGAAAAGGAAUGAUCAUAAGCGUGCUCAGUUAAAGGAACUAGCCCAGUUAAAGCAAUCUUCUAAAGAACGGAAUAUGUGCUACUUUUGUGGUGCUCAGGGGCAUCAGCAUCAUGCCUGCCCUCAUCAACUAUUCAGUUCUCCCUCUGUUUUCGGUAAUGCAGGCGACGGUAAUAAAGCCUGCUCAGACAAUGGGACUACGAAAUCAAAGGACUUGCCUUUGCAUGGGAAGGGAACUCUCUAUGUGACCCAACUGCCUGAAAGUGUAGAUGACCAUCUUCUGAAAGAGCUCUUUUGUCCAUUUGGGAGCCUUAUUGAAGCUAAAGUCUCUCGGGAUGGAAAAGUGGGGAAGAGCAAAGGUUGUGGAUUUGUCAAGUUUGAGGAUCCAAAUGACGCGGCUGUAGCUGCAUCACAUUUGAAUGGGUUCACAUAUAAGGGCAAUAGGUUGGCUGUUAAAGCAGUUCAAAGCUCAACAGCUGUAAGAUCAGUGAGUCAGAAAAGCAUGGGAAUUUCUCGUGAUUCCUUGCGCAUUACAAAGGAGACCGCACAGCCUUGCCAACCAGGAUCAGUGCUUAUGGAACCUCAGGCACCUUUUCCUAUGGCUCACAGUUACCCCCUUGAGGGUGGACCACGUUUAAACAAAAGGGCAGAUCUUAUUGUCAGCAACCUACCUGACAGUGUGGAUGAGAAUCGCCUGAAGGAUCUCUUUUGUCCUUUUGGCAGGCUUAAUGAAGCUAAAGUGGUGAGGGAUGGAAAUGCUGGAAAGAGUAAAGGCUGUGGUUCUGUUGAGUUCGAAAAUCCUGCAGAUGCUUCCAUGGCUUUGUUGCAUCUAAAUGGGUUUGAACUUGAGGGGAGAUUAUUGACAGUUUCCUGGAAUUUUCUAGGUCAAACAGCUUGGCCUCCAAGAUCUUGUCUUACGGAGCCCAAGCUUCCUUCCCCUGUGUUCCCAGGACACGGUGGUCUUCUUCCUAGAGGCCCGAGCUUCACCUUCACUCCUCCCUCUACUGGCUCAAGCUCCUUUGAUAUCGAUAGUGUAAACAGUUUCGGUUCAUCAUAUACUUUCUCAGACAAAAGCCCUUUCUUGUCUCUGGGUUAUGUGACAGGAGUCCCUGGAGAUCCCAACAACCCAAACUCGCAAUAUGGAGCUUACUUUACAACACUUGACAGCAGACCAUCUCCACCAUCACAACUUGUUCAUACGCCUGAGAGCAGUGUGAGGCCCAUAUUCUGGUCCUUGGCUCCCUGACCAUCGUGAAGAAUUAUGAUAGUGUCCAGAUUUGAUCUGAAAACGUGAAGUGAAUGGCUGAAGUUUUGUCUAGUUCUGUCGUUUCCAAAGUAAUUCAGAUGUCAGUAGGAGAAAGAUGCCUUGGUGCUGCUUCGUAUAAAAACUGUAAAUAUAUUCUUCCUUAGUUCAUGCAGUGCAUCCUCUUUUUCCUAAUUACUUAGCCUAAAUUGUAACAGGCCGAAAUGGACUUUCCGGGAAAAUCAUAUCCAUGAAACAGAACAAAAGGAUUUUUUCCAGCUGGUAGAGAUUAUUAUAUAA